AGGUGAUCUUAUAUUAUUAUCCCCAUAAUAACCAGUUCUGUUCACCCCCACAUCCAAUGGCAGCUCUUUAAACUCGAAACUGCUGCAAUUUUUCAACCAAAAUUGAACACGUGCGAGAAACAGCCUCAGCCACGAAUCGUGUAAUCACGCGCCGUAAGAUGCACGUUUGGAAUGUUUUAACCAAAAUGGUCUUAAACGAGUGUCUGACACCCUGAGGUAAGAUAAGUAAAUAAGCUCUGGUGAAAGCAAUAUUUUGAUACCCACCAAUAGCAUCAGCCACCACAAAUACACAUAGCAACAAAAUCUAACGUUCCUCUCACCAUAACGGCAUAACAUCUAUUUUCUUCCUUCCUCCACUCGCCGCCUCACUCCGUCGACGUUCAUGGGUGCAACUGAACCUGUAGUUGAGGAAGAAAAUGGAGAAAAGGAGAGGAAGAUACGAGGAGAAGGAGAAGAGAGAGAUGUGGAAAAAGGUGAAAUGAGCAGUCAACAAAGGGUGCCACCAGAGACAGUCAGUGAGAAUUUUCACGUGUCGAGAAUGCAAAGAUUGAGUGCUACAAAUCCUCUAAGGCUUGUAAUGAAUUCGGGAACUAGAGUUGCUUCUCCAUCUCCUUAUCAAGCUCCGGCACCACCUCCUCGUCAUAAGCACCGUUAUUUUCGGUCUCCUUUUCAGCACCGCCCUUCUCCAGCUCCGGCUCCGGCUCCGCCUCCUGCUGAUUAUCAUCCUUCUCCGGUUAUGGCACCGCCUCCGGCUGAUUAUCAUCCUUCUCCAGCUCCGGCACCGCCCCCUGCUGAUUAUCGUCCCUCUCCGGUUAUGGCUCCGCCUCCGGCUGAUUAUCGUCCCUCUCAGGUUAUGGCACCGCCUCCGGCUGAUUAUCGUCCCUCCCCGGUUAUGGCUCCGCCUCCGGCUGAGUACCGUCCUCCUCCAGCGCCUUCGCAGACUCGCUCCACCCCUGCCAUUACCCCUCAACAACCUUCAGUAAUAACACUGAACUCAAGAUCCUACACGAACAAGUUUUCACUUUUUCUGUUCCUUGUACACAUGAUUGCGGCAAUUGGGCUAGUUUGUUUUCUUGUAUUCAAAGGGGUACAAGGUCUACUAGAAGCAGGGGAUGUACGAAGAAAAGAAAAGAGGUUAUUAAAGUAUUUUCUACCACAAGUAGAAGCAGCUUCUCUACUUAGCAUAAUACUGGCAUUUGUAUGGCAAAAGGCAUUGCGAUUGUGGCCUACAUUCAUGAUUCAUUUCGUAAUUUGGGGUUCCUUUAUCCUCACAUUAUCAGCUGGAAUACUCUUGAUUUGUUUCCAAAGACCUUCAACUGAUGGUGUUGGAGUUGUGUUUAUCAUGUUUGCAAUUGGCAAUGGAUUGUACUCAUGUUGGGUGACACCAAGAAUUAAGUUUUGUACAAAGAUUUUAAUCAAAUCUCUUGAACCUGUACCGAAAUUCGGCGAUUUGAACAGGCCAACUUAUAUAACACUUUUUGCUGGAUUUUUAUGGAUGUCAUUGUGGAUUUUGGCUGUGAUUGGGGCUAUAAAUUUCUAUUUCCCACCAUUGGUUAUUAUUUUAUUGGUUUUGAGCAUGGCUUGGAUUACUGAGGUGAUGAGGAAUGUGGUGAAUUUGACAGUGAGUAGAGUGAUUGCUCUGUAUUAUCUUAGAGGGAUGCAAUCUAGCACACAGUUUUGUUUCCAAAGGGCAUUGUCUGUGAAUCUUGGAAGUGCUUGCCUUGGUUCUUUGUUUGUUCCUGCAAUUGAAGCUCUAAGGAUUGUGGCUCGUGGGUUGAAUUUGCUUGAGGGUGAAGAUGAGUUCAUGUUUUGUUGUGCUCAUUGUGGAUUGAAAAUCAUGGAUUCUAUCUUCAAGCGUGGCAAUGGCUGGGCAUAUGUUCAGAUUGCAACAUAUGGUAAAAGCUUUGUGAAGGCAUCACAAGACACAUGGGAGUUAUUUCAAAAGAGAGAAAUGGAGACAAUAGUAGAUUCGGACAUGACAAGUGCUAUUUGCUUUCUAACUGGAGUAUGUAGCGGUUCGAUUUGUGUAAUUGUGGUUGGGGCUUGGACUUACACCGUAUACCCCAAUUUCACAGCCACAUUAUCCCUCCUAUCAGCCUACGUUGGUUACCUUCUGACGAGGAUUGCCAUGGCUUUGCCUCAGGCUUGUGUGAGUAGUUACUACGUAUGUUACGCUGAGAAUCCUGAUAGCAGACUGUUCGAUGAGACGAUUCCAGAACGACUAACUUCUAUGAAGUCUGAUCGUGAUGCUAUUGUCCCAACGCCUAGAUCUGUUCGUGCUCGAUUCGCACGGUAGCACCUCAGUUAUGCAGAUGUACAUAAUUUUUUGUUCAAGAUAACCUUUGUUAGAUCAAUUUAUUAUAAGGACAGACGUGAUGAUGUGAAAUAACCAUCACCAGUAUUUGAUUCUUUUGAAAAAAGAAAUGGGGAGUGCCCACUCAGAUUUCCCAACAAGAACGCCACGAGGAGGUGUCUUAUGGUCCUGUCUUUUGUAUUAUAAUAAUUUGGGAUGCACUAUUUGGUUAUAUGUCCCCACCACUAAUUUAAUGUCAACAUCUUCGUUAGGUAAACCUAAUGUUAUUUAAUUUAUUAGAUUUUAUUCUUUACGUAUUCAUGUAAAGUUGGAACUAAUUGUUUUCGUUUUUCAUAUUUUAAUCUUCUUACUUUUUGUUC